UUUUCUCAUUUUUGCUACCGAAACGCCAUCUAUAUGAUAUAGUAUGUAGCUACGCAACUACCAACAUUCUGAUGUGAUUGAAAAGAAACGUUCAUAAAUAGUCCAAGAAAUGAUAGAUGAAGAAGGAGGACUGAAUUCAAUCAACAUUCCACCAAAAUUACCAGUGAUUUUAAAACAGUUUUGUAAGGCAGCUAUCAGAACACAGCCGUAUGAUCUUUUAAAAUGGUCAACAGCAUAUUUUCGCGCACUUGCCGAAGGAUCAGAGCCACCCGCUAAAACAAGACUUGAAUAUCCUUGUUCUACUUCAGCUCCCAAUGCAUCUGUUCUUACAUUCGGAUUACUAAAAGUACUUUUACGGCAAUUCGGUGAUUAUAAUAAAACGAUAUCAACUGAAUUAAUUCUAAAAAGAUGGAACGACUUAUGUUUGGACUUGAUAGAUUUCAAUUUAAUAAUGAUUAUUGGUAAAUUCAAACGAAAAUGUCAGAUAAAAAAAUUUUUGGCAAUAGCAACUGGUCUACUAGGCUCCAGUCUUUUCGACACAAUGCUGAUGAUUUGUGAGUUAUUCACAAUGGAACCCGAUGGUGGAUCAGCGAUGAUUCCCGUCAGUUUAUUUAUGGAAAUAUACGAAUAUUUAGCUGGACUGCGUUGUGAUGGUGAAGAAAGAGAAUCCGAUGACUUGGAUCCAUCUGAAUUAAUAACUUUCGAAUCGUCAGAAACUCAAUGUACUUCUGAGCCGACUUCUGAAGAAAAUAUAAUAAAUACUAAACAUGAUUAUCCAUCUAAUACCUCAGAAAUUAAAGUACGAGAUCAAACAGUCAUUAAAAAUUCACUUGCGAAAAAUUUAAAUCAACUUGUACAGAAUGAGAGCGAUGCUAGUAUAAUAAAAAUCGAAGAUGUUCAUGUACUAGAAAAUGAUAAUAAUAAAUUACAGUCAAAACAAAAAAAAUUGAUGGACAAUUCGGAUAAUUUUAUAUUACACAGUCAUGGAAAUAAUUCAAAUAUGAGAGCUGUUAAAGUAUCUGGUGAUGAUUCAGAUAGCAAAACAAUCACAAGUGAUGAUAACAUAAACAAUAACAAUAAAAUUAAAUUAAGUGGGAUAAAAAAAAAGUUUGAAAUAAAUUCGAAUUGGAUAUCACAUUAUCCAAUGAUUCCAGGGAUUGGCGCACAAUUAACAUCAAAUGAAGUAGCUAGAGUUGCUAACUGGAUGACUGAGUGCUCAAAAGUCCAAGGAGGGAUGGUUGGACCAAGAAAUUUACGACAUUUUCAAUGUCCUCCAUUAGAUCGUCAAAAAACAUCAUCUUCAUUAUCUUAA